UCAUUUGUUUUCUAUUUCUUUUAAUAACUAAGAGUAAACAGAAUAAAAAAAGAAGGCAAGAAGAAAGAAAUUAAAAACGAAGAAGAAGAAUUAAAAGAAAAAGGGUUUUGCAACGACUAUUAUUGGAGAUUGGUUUAUUGUUCAGAGUUUUGUUGUUUACAACUCAAAAAAAUUAAUUUAUAAAUAACAUCUUACCGAAAUUUUGAAAGAUAUGUGAAUUAGCUAUCACUAACGACAGCAACUAUGUCUUAUGGUAUUCGAUUUCUGGUCCGUAUAAUGUUUUAUUUUAACCUUUGUUUGCUGUUGUUCACACAAGCAAGUGUGGCAUCUGAAAAGAAGAAGAAACGCUGCAAGAAAGUUUGUCAUAAAGACUUUGAAAAAUUGGAGCAACGUGUUCGUGACUUAGAAGCGAAAUUAGAUGCACUGCUAUCACCGAAGACGCAAGUAAAAUACAUUCAGGGGCCAAAGGGAGACAAAGGUGACAGAGGGCCAAGGGGUCCAAUGGGUCUUCAAGGCGACCGUGGAUACACCGGACCACGAGGUCCCAAGGGAGAAGACGGUUCAUCUUUAUCAAAACUGCCAAAAUGCGAUCCCGGCUAUUUUGUCACAUCGGAUGGGACAAGACUAUACUGCAUGAAGCUAGGCAUCCAAGUACCGACAAAUCCAUUAGCGAUUACAACUCCGACUCCACAAACAAGUUCAGGUCCACCAACAAUAGCUGCAGAAAUGGAGAAACAGAUAACAAAAUUCCGCAAGAAGCAUAUGAUUCAAAACUUAUAUGCAGAUACAUGGGAUUUGCAUUCGUUUAUUUGGAAACAAAACACUUACCUUGGAAUUUCGCAACUAAGCUCCAAGACAUUCACAUUGUAUAAGUGGGUGCACAACAUAUUCGUUGAAAAAGCUAUUUUAACUAUCCCUUCAGCAAGACAAUGGACAUCGUUUGAAUGGCAAGGCCACCUGUAUAUUGUAAUAGCGUGCAAUACACGUGGAAAAGAUGGAGAACCAGGCAGUUCAUAUCUGUAUAAAAUGGCGUCCUAUGACACCAUAGAACUCUUUCAAAAGCUUGAAACAACAACAGCAUUUGGUGUGGACACUAUUAAAAAGCAUGGUCAAAUAUAUAUCACAUUUGCUUACCUCUAUGGCGCGAAAUCUGAUGUUUUCAAGUGGCAAAAGGAUAAAUUUGUAAAAGAUCAUACUAUACCAGUCAGUGGUACAGAUAUUGAUGCGUUCCAUAUCGGGCAUCGAGCCUUCUUGGCUGUCGUAGGUACUACAUCACGUGAUUCUUUUGCGUACUUACUGGAAUACCAAAAUGGAAAAUUUGUUCCCUUUAAAAACAUUCCAGCUGGCACACGACCGUACGGUAUAAAACACAUAAAAGCUGGAAAAGAGCAUUUCUUGGGAAUUGCAAGAUACGAUUUAAAGAGUUCUUUAUUGAUGAAAUGGAAUGGAGAAACAUUCGAAGAGUCGCAGAAAAUUGGAUCUUGCAAGGCACGUGAUUUUGCCGCCAUCACAACAAGGCAAAUGAAUAAAUCAAUUACAUAUAUGGCUAUCAUAAACUUUGAUUGCAAACCAGUAAUCUAUAUAUACGAUGAAAAGAGAAAGAUAUUUAUAAAACUUCAACAAACUGAUUCCAUUAGGACGAGAGACAUUGAAUUUUUACGGAUGCCGAACAGCGAUGUUGUUUAUCUUGCAGUGGCGUCCAAUCGAAACACAGCGAUUUAUGCUGGCGCUGCAUCUUGAUGAACCAAGCAGAAUGGCGGUUUGGUGACACAUCCAUGCAGCAAGCAUGAGUCGAGUAUUGUCCUUCCCGCUGCGAUUUAGUCUUGUGUUUUGCAAGAGAAACCCAAAUCUUUUUGGAAACUACCUAAAUAUUGUUACAUAUCUGUCGUAGGUAAUAAUCAAGAAAACGACUUUCAUUUUUGUAAUGCUGAAACCCAUGACUUGUUUUACGCUGAUAUAUAUUCACGGAAAAUUGGAGAAAGAACAGUGGAUAUUACGUAACUCUCUUUUUAUUUGAGAAACGAAAUUAAUUAUAUGGUAUUUAAUUUUCUUAUAGUGAGUGUGAUCCGCGAAAUAUUUAUAAUUUAUUUAUUUGUACCAAUAAAUAUUAUUUUUAUAUUUGGGAUGACAAUAUUUUAAUAAGACUAUUAGAGCCAAGGAUUUAUUAUGCGGAAUUCUAACAAAUAUUGCCUUCAUUACCUUACAUUUAUCCCAAGCAAAAAUUGACUCUACUAUGAAUAACAUUGCUAGAGACACUUUGUCUAAAACAUUGGGUGACCGAGAACAAUACGCCAGUUCUUGUGUUCAAAUAAAUGAAUUUGCAACUGUUAUAUUAAAACAAUUCAUUACGGCCUCCUUUUCAUAUCUCGAAGUUAGGUGAUCCAUUAGUCAUAACGAGUUAUUACCAAUACAUGGCUUGGCUGUACCUCGGCCUUCCGUUGACGACAAUGGUUUCGUCAUGUAGGGCAAAAUAAAAAGUUUUUUAACUAUUGUCCAAACCCUUUUCCUUCAGUGCCAUAUUAUUUUUGUGUUAAUACAUCUGUUUUAUUUUUAACCAAACAGAAACAAACAAGUGUUAUGUAUAUUUUAUUUUGAAAGGAAUGCUUGGAAAUCGUCGAUGUCGUGUUGUGCAACAAAUACUUUUAAAAUACUAAGUAAGCCCGGUAGCCUUCGUACACACACACACAAACACAUACACACUUUUUUCUGUGACAAAAUGAGUGAGCUAGUCCUUUGUAAUUUCGCUGUCCUUUUUCUAACAUUUCUUCUGCCGGGCCUGUAAAGUGUUUUUAUGCCUCUGGUUCUGCCGUGAAACGUGAGAUCCUUUUUGUAGAAAAGAUGGUUUUGUGUUGAACUUUGCUGCAAUAAGGGAAGUACGUGGUAUAAGCACAGUCUGGAAAGUUUUUUUAAACGAAUGUACAGAAUUAGAACAAAAAAUCAAUAUUUAUCGACCACUAUUGAAUUCAUAAUGGUUUAUUUUCUUCUGUACAUUAAUAUUGCUCUUUUUAUCAAAAACUUUACGUUUCAUAGUUUGUACAUAUUGUGUUUCUAAUAAUCUUUAGAAGAUCCAUAGUAUAUGAACGUGUAAAAAAAGUAAAGUUAUUGUUUUGUUGUCUUCUGGCUUUCCAUAAAGAGUAAAGUGUUCUUUCUAAUUUUGUUCUUUAUGCUCAGGCGGCAACCUCGACCCGCGGACUCUUUGACUCUUUUUAUAUACCGGGACGGCGAGCAAAAAGAGAAAAAAGCCUGGGAUCGAGUUUGCUCUGGCGGUUUAAACUAUAUAAUCUUGCCUUUACAUCUCUAUUUCAAGGGACAUAAUUAGCGGACAAAAAGCUAUUUUAGUACUUUUUAUAAAUUGUAUAAAAAGCAAUGAUUCAAUGUUUAUAAGCAAUACAAUAAAACCUGUAAUUAGUCUGAUUCUGCGCGAAAUUUAUUUUGAUCAGGAAAGGUGAGAUAUUGCCUUAAUAAAAAUACGUCUACGGCCACAUACGUUUUCGUGAUUUACACACUAUCAAGCUUUAGCAUUCAAAAUUGCGUCUAGACACGCUUUCUGUCUAAAUAUUGCUCAAAUUUUGCCUUAUCUUUAAGGAUUUAUUUAACUCUGCCGUCAUUUUUUUAUUCCUCACGAAAGGUGAUCACAAACACGUUAAAUGGUAGUAACGAUGAGGCUAUUUAAAUUUUUUAAAGUUUAUUUGAAUUUUUUUGCUUAUCAUUAUGUAUGCAUGGGAUAAUUAAGUUUAAUAUAUUGUACUAAGCCUUCCCUCA